GCUUCACUCCACAGUUGCCACGCAUGCGCAAACGUAACCUGACCCCGGAAGUACUUCAUGAAACUACCGGAAGUAGGGGGUAAACGUUAGCGCGCAGUGCUUCAUUUUACAAGUACAAUUCAUUUAUAACACUAGCUGAAUUAUCAGAAAUAUACCGGUCCUGUGGUUGCGGUUUUUAUACGGAGUUCUUCUCUUUUGCACCUACCAGAGUAUAGGUCGCCUGGACUAUUGUAAAAGAUGACUGGUCAAUCAAAUGCCAACAAAGAGAUUAUGGAGCAGCUCCGGAUGCAGGAACUCUAUGACCGGAGAACUGAGGAUGGCUCUGACCCCAACAACUACACUGACCCAGAGGAUGGGACUGUGUAUGAAUGGGACCAUGAAAAGAAGGCCUGGUUCCCUAAAAUAACAGAGGACUUCAUUGCUGCCUACCAGGCCAACUAUGGCUUCACUAAGGACGGAGAUCCAGAUGCCAACCAAGCUGCAGUGAGCAGCUCCAACCCAGCAGCCCCAGAACCAGACAGCAAGGCAUCAGAAAAGGAGAAACCAGGAGUUGCCGCCAAGAAGCCGCACCCAGACGACCAGCACGAGGCCCAAGAUAAAGAAGCCAAACAGAAAGGGGAGAAGAGGAAACCAGACCCAGGAUGGUUUGAUAUCGAAGAAAAUAAAAACACAAAUGUCUACGUAUCAGGCCUGCCCCCUGACAUCAGCACUGAGGAGUUUGCUGAGUUGAUGUCCAAGUGUGGUAUUGUGAUGCGGGACCCCAUCUCUGAGGACUACAAGGUCAAACUCUACAAGGACAAAGAGGGAAAUCUGAAGGGAGAUGGUCUCUGCUGCUAUCUCAAGAAGGAGUCAGUGGCAUUGGCUCUGCGUCUGAUAGAUGAGUCAGAGGUCCGAGGUUACCGACUCCACGUGGAAGCGGCACGGUUUGAGCUAAAGGGCCAGUAUGACGCCAGCAAGAAGAAGAAAAAGAACAAAGAUUAUAGGAAGAAGAUGCAGCAGCAACAGAAACAGCUGGACUGGAGGCCAGAGAAGCAAGGAGACGUGAGGAAGAGGCAUGAAAAAGUUGUCAUCAUUAGGAACAUGUUCCACCCCAGUGACUUUGAGGAAGACCCCCUGGAGUUGAAUGAGUAUCGCGAGGAUCUGCGGACAGAGUGUGAGAAGUUCGGGGAGGUCAAGAAGGUCAUCCUCUUUGACAGACACCCAGACGGCGUGGCAUCGGUCGCAUUCAAGGAGCCUGAUCAAGCCGAUGCAUGCAUUCAGUCGUUCAAUGGUCGCUGGUUUGGAGGAAGGCAGCUGACUGCUCUGCUUUGGGAUGGAACGACAGACUAUCAGGUGGAAGAGACGACACGCGAGCGGGAGGAGCGACUGAAGGGUUGGUCUACUUUCCUGGAUGGAGGCGAUAAGGGCCAGCAGGACAACACUGCCAAGCCAGCAGAGGACAACACUGCCAAGCCAGCAGAGGGCGGCACCACCACCACAACAGAACCCACAGAGCCCUCCAGCACCACGGAACCCGAACAGCACCCAAAAACAGAACCACAACAACAGGAAGAGGAAGAGGAAGAGGAAGCAGAUUCUACAGACAGCAGCAUGGCAGGGAGUGAUGACGAGAAAGCCUAGAUACUUAACAUCCACAUCUUUGGUCCCCAUGGCAACCAAUUAGGACAGUCCUGCUAGAAAGUGAACUGUGGCAAACCUCCGUGUUGAGCAGGCAAAAAGGAGGAAGAGGAGAUGGUAUUUGGACAGUUUGAGGCUGUUUUGUGAAUUAGAAAAAUAAAAUAAUGCUUUUGUCUACCUAUUUUCAUCCUUUUGGUUUACAUAGUAAUUAACUUGGACUUGACAAGCACAUUAUAGCUUUCCCUGGAUUUCAGUGUGCCAGUUUGUUUACAGUUUUUUGCUAAUAACCCUAAAAUAUUGAUGAAUUACUAAACUGAGACUGAAACUGUGUUGGAAUUGAGUUGUAGAAGAUUGUUCAAGCUUCUUCAGUACUCAUUACACUUUAGUUGAAAUGCCAACAGUUGGCUCUGAUUUGUUCUUUACAUCUUGGAAUAUAUUAGAGUUU